GAGAAUGCAGAUACAACGAGCAUUGACUCCGCAUUCGGGCACGACAUGAGCGGAGGGUAUGAACGGAUUGGGAAUGAACUGAGAGGAUUAUCCAACGACGACGACAACGAUAGCGACGAAGACGAUGCGCAUAGUUUUACUCGGAGCAUUGUGUGCUCUAUCACUCACGUCACAUAUCGACUCGGAGGCAGCAGCAGUGGAACGCAUCAUCCGGACUGGUACCGACGAACACGACCUUGUUUUUGAUCUCUGGGAAGGAACUGCAAGCAUGGUGCGAAGGCGUUUUCUUGAAUUUUGUUUUGGGUCAUCGGGGCAUCUAUCAAAGGGUGCUCGUCAUUGGGGGAUCACAGUACACGGAACGGGAGGAGGAUGUGAAUCUUUUUUUUUUUGUUUAGGAGCUUCAUUUGGGAAAGGGGCAUGUCUUGAUUUUCUGUUGUCUACAUAUUGCGGAUGAAGGAUAUGUCUUCGUAUUUUCGUUAUCAUGGGUACUGGGCAGAGGGGUUGAAUCUCCUCCCACCUUGACCCCCUAAUUCGCUUCCAUGGGGAUUUUUCUUA